AUGGUCACUGUCCAUGUCGGUCCCGACGAACAAGAAUUCUGCAUACACGAAGAACUACUCUGCUCAAAGUCAACAUACUUCGCCAAGGCACUCUCUGGACAGUUCAAAGAAGCUAAGACCCGCCGCGUCGAGCUCGAAGACGUUCGUGUGGUACUUUUCAGAGUGUUUGUUGGUUGGUUGUAUACUGGCAAGGUCGCUUAUAANUCUUCGGACCCAGAGGCCUCUUCGAAAGACGAAUUUGCUCAACUCGAUACGGUGUUGAGAGUGGGGUGCUCCUACGAAGCGGAAGAAGACUAUGACUCAGCCAAUGUUGAUGAAAACAACGUUGACGAUCUCUCAAAGUUUGAUCGAGAAGCUCCUCGAAGCUGGACCUACUUAAUCCUCGAAGCGUUGUUUGUACUGGCUGAUCAUCUGGAUGCUGCUACACUCAAGAGACAGAUCCUUGAUGCCAUUGAUNNCAAAAGAAGUUACAAAGUGGGCAUUACACCAGACUGUUCAGCAAUACUUCACGCCUACGCAAACACCACUCAGAAAUCCCCCUUGCGUCGGCUUCUCGUCCACAUUCACGCCUAUGGCGUGUCGUUCGCUUCGUCUCACAACGCUUGGAAUCACCUUCCCGUUGCAUUCCUCACUGCUGUGACGGUGACGAUGGAAAGAAGGCUACCGAGCCAGCAAUUUAGGACUUGUCCCCUCGAAGCGAUUGAAUCCAACAAGAUUGCGUCCAAGGACAUCGAUGACGUGUAUAGNAUACAAGACAUACCACCCUAUGAACGCGAUCUCUGUUUUUACCACGAGCACAAAGACAUCGAGGAAGGAAAGACAUGUCGCGCGGCGCGCAAGAAAGAAAGCGAGGAAGAGAGCGUUUCGGGAUGA